GAACCUUAAAGUUGAGGUAUUUUCCACCAACAAAACUAACUUUUCACCUCAGCUAAAUCUGCCACCUCCACCUGAAUCUCAAUUUGAUUCUCAUCCUACACAUCCACCUCAAUCUCAUAGUCAACCGACACAUGCUUCUCAGCCUGAUUCUCAACCUUCACUUGCAUCACCAUUUGGUUUUCAGCCUAUACUUAGUAAUGAACUAGAGUCUAACUUUGAUAGUGAAGAGGAAGCGAAUGAAAACAUUGAAAUUCAAAAAUCGCAACCUAUAGCUCGUAAGAGAGCCUGGACAGUUGAUGUGAUUGAUGACCAAGGCACAAAGAACACAAAGCCACUUACGGUGAAUGAUGUUUGGUCGUUGCCUUCUAACGAAAGGGCUGUUGUAGAAUGGAAUGAUGAAGACCAAGCAAUUGCAAAUAGUGGAGCAUUGUUAAAUAGGUUCUUAGGUCACCUUGCAAGAGACUCUGAUGUAUUCCCUAUCAGUUAUACUAGUUGGAAGAAGAUUCCUAAAGACUACAAGCAAAAUGUACUUAAGGACAUCAUUCAAGCUAAGUUUGAAGUUGAGCAUGAUCUUCACGUGGCUUAUAUCUUCAAAUCACUUAACAUAAAAUGGAGAGAGCAUCGUCAAGAAUUGUGGCAACAAAGGGAUGAUGGAACUCAUAAUAGAGAUCAAUUGAUUGCAAUGGUCCCAGAAGGAUUAAAUAAAGAUCAAUGGGCAUCUUUUGUAGACUAUCGUUUAGAUUCAAAAACUAAGAGUCUGGCCGCAAAGUUAGUAGGGGAGAAAUAUGGAUAG